UUUUUAUUCAUGCAAUCAAAUCCAGAAUUCAAGACAAUUUAAGCUUUACUCUAACAUGCUUAAUAACUUACUUAAUUUAACAUCACUUAUGCCUAUAUUACCAAAGCUUAUGUUGCAUAAAAAUUACAUGCACUCUAUAAAAAAACUCAACAAUAGGUAUCAUUUCUUAUUAUACUUUUCUUCAGAAUUAUUUGCAAAUGCUUUAAUAAUUAAUCAAUGAAUUAGAAAAUCUUAAAUCUUCAAAUCCAUCAUUGUAAAAUAAAGAAGAAAAUAAAAAAAAUUACACUGAAUUUGUUUACAAGUUCUUCUUCGAUGCAGACACUAGAGAAAGAGAUGGUGAAGUUUCUUAAGAACUCAUGCACAUUUUUGGAUCUGUAUAAAAGGCUAUCGAAGUCCUAUAAUAUUUUGAACCAUUAAAUCAAGAUCAAUUAGAAAAGUGUAAUAUAUUUUAUUUUAAAUCUUAAAGAAAAAUAUGCAAAAUUCAAAAUGGUUGAAUAACACAAAAAACUCAAAGACCCAUCCUUAAUUAAGCCUAAACCAAAAGAUGCCAUAGAUGAAGAACUUGAAUAAAUUGCAUAAAAAUAAAUGUAAAUAUCCUAACAUCAAUAACAAUAAAAUUAAAUUCCUUAAUAAUAAUAACAAUAAGAUAAAUCAGCAAUUGUUUAAUAACAAUAAUAAUCUAUUAAGCCUCCACCUUCUUAAAUUUAAUCUACUUAACCUUUGACGUAGUCAUCAUUAUAAUAACAAUAAUAUGAAUAAUAAUAGCUAUAAUAUUAAUAAUAAUAACAACAAUAUUAACAAUAAUAACAAUAAUAAUAAUAGUAUUAAUAAUAAUAAUAAUAACAAUAAUAAUAAUAGUAUUAAUAAUAAUAAUAAUAGUAUUAAUAAUAAUAAUAAUAACAAUAAUAAUAAUAACAAUAAUAAUAAUUAUAAUAACAAUAAUAAUAAUAAUUAAUAAAUCAAUAGUAAAUGCAAUCACAAUAAUAAUCUUAAAGUAAAACUUUUAUUAUAAAAUUUAGAUUAAUAAGGAAAAACUAAUAAACUUACACCUAUGGAAUAAGCCUAAAUGAGAAAUUAAAUUAAAAGUAUCCUGCAAUAAGCUAUUUCAGAAGUAGAUUUUAAAAAAUAUCAAAAUGCCAAAGAUUAACUUUAAAAAACAUUAGGAAUGUUAUAACAAAUAUUAGAUAGUUAGUGA